AUGGCUGGGCUUCUGCAUAAAUUCCUCAAAAAACCUUACAAUCUGAGAAUCAUCACAAGCUUGAACAAACCCCAACCGCCAAAUCUUGCAGUUCCCUUUGGCCUUCAUGAACCUAGUCUCAGUGGAAGCAAAUCAGACUAUCAAUGUUAUCUAAACCCUACGCCGGAUGCUUUUGAACAACAGAAACCUACUUCUUCGCCGCUCUUGCAGAUUUUCCCCAAUUUCCCUUUUGGGUAUUAUUUGAAUCCAAUUCCUCAAACUGGGUUCGAUCGAGUGGACAUUGACUUUAAGGAAGCUGAGGUUGGGUCCGGUGAUACUGAGACGGUUUGGGCUGACAGCGUGAAGAAGAAGAGGAAGAAGAAGAUGAACAAGCACAAGUACAAGAAGCUCAGAAAGCGUCUCCGGCGACAGACUUAG